AGCAGUGUGCUAACUCACAGGAAGACAGUGUUGCCCUGCGCAGAGGUUGCCUUAUGAGCUGCAGCUAAAACAGCCAGUCUGAUCAGAGAAAUAAUGAAGAUGGGGACAGCACUGGUUUAUGAUGAGGAGAUGACCAAAUACAAACUGCUCUGGGUUGACCCUGCAUGUAAGGUUGAGGUACCCGAGCGUCUCACAGUGAGUCACGAAGCUUUAAUAAAGACUGGUCUUGCUGAGCGUUGUGUCUCCGUACCUGUCCGCGAGGCGACAGAUGAAGAUAUCCUGCUAGUUCACAGUGAGGAGUACUUGGAGGCGGUGAAGAAGACCCCCUAUAUGACUCUGGAGGACCUGAAGGAGUUCACCCUGCAGUUUGGUGAUGUCUACUUCCACCCAAACAUCUAUCACUGUGCAAAGCUGGCUGCAGGCGCCGCACUGCAGCUAGUGGACAGUGUUAUGACGGGGAAGGUUAGGAACGGCAUGGCUCUGGUCAGACCACCGGGACACCACAGUAUGCGCAGUGCCGCCAAUGGAUUCUGUGUGUUCAAUAAUGUUGCUAUAGCAGCUCGAUAUGCCAAGCAGAAAUAUGGAGUUAAAAGGGUGUUGAUCGUGGACUGGGACAUACAUCAUGGUCAGGGGGUGCAGUACUGCUUUGAAGAUGAUCCAAGUGUACUCUACUUCUCAUGGCAUCGCUACGAGCAUCAGAAAUUCUGGCCCAAUCUUAGAGAAUCAGACUACGACAGUGUCGGCAAAGAGAAGGGCGCAGGAUUCAAUAUAAAUGUACCCUGGAACAAAGUGGGAAUGAAGAACAGUGACUAUCUCUCGGUCUUCUGUCACGUCCUUCUGCCAGUAGCAUAUGAAUUUUGCCCAGACCUGGUCCUGGUGUGUGCGGGCUUUGACUCAGCCAUUGGGGACCCAGAGGGUGAAAUGUGUGCCAGCCCCGACAUCUUUGCCCACCUCGCUCACCUCCUGAUGAACCUCGCAGGAGGGAAACUGUGUGCUGUGCUGGAGGGAGGAUACAACUUGACUUCUCUCCCCCAGUCCGUGUGUCAGACAGUCCAGACUUUGCUGGGAGAUCCUGCUCCUCGACCUUCAAACCUCGGCGGUCCCUGUACUAGUGCGCUUGAGUCCCUUCACUGUGUCCGAUCUGCUCACAGGAAGUACUGGUCCUGCCUCAAACAUGCAGCUGAUCUACCCACAUGUGAUAUCAGCACAAAGCGCAUUAAAUUAGCAGAAGGAGAAGAAGAAAAGCAGGAGAAGGUAGAAGAGGAGAAAAGCGCAGAGGAACAGGUGUGGCCAGAGCCUCCGAAAUGUGUGGCUCCUCCGGUCCGCACUGCUUUAGUCCUCCCUGAUGGCAUAGCUUGCCCUGAUGGAUGUGAACACUUCAGCUCAUCAGAGGACCCGGUUGCAGUCAACAAACUCAGGGAGAAUUUUCUCAAAGAUGCUGAUGACAAUGUUGCCAUCACAACCCUCUCCAGUGUAAUUGCUCUGGUAGAGAAAAUGCAGAAUAACGAGGUCUGCAACGGUUUGGCGCUGGUCCGUGAUGUCUCCAUGGCGAUGAUGUGUGUUGUCCAGCAUGCUGCAACUGCUCUCUGCAACCGGGUUUUGGUUGUGUGUGUUGGGGACAUGGAGGUCCCACGUCACAGCACUGAGAACGGGAAAACACUCCUGGUGCAGUUCAGCGACAAGGAAUCAGAGCAACAGAAUUGCAAAUAUCACGUUCCUGUGUGUGUGCGGAAGGGUUGCGGUGACGUGUCCGGGUUCAUGCAGGCCGUGUUGGGCUUCCUUCUGCCUCUGGGAUAUGAGUAUGAUCCCAGUCUGGUUCUGCUGGUUCGGACUGCAGAUAGUGGGGUGUGUGAUAGUGUGUGGCAACAACUAACAAGCCUGCUGCAGGGCUUUGCACAGGGACACACACUGGUGCUCAUGCAGGAAGAUGAGAAGGCAUGUGUUGGUCCCACAGCUUCCUCUCUGCUCGGUAACGCUGCUCCCUCUCUCGGGCAGCUUGAUGCUCCUCUAGUAGAGGAUUUGGAGGCGCUGGAGAGGCUGAGACGCAAAAUGCAGACAGACUGGAAGCUCCUGCAGACUACAGCACCAAAAACUGGAGGAGGUGAUGGACACUGAAGCAGAUCCUGCUCCUUUUUUUCUAAAGAAAUCAGUUGAAUUGUGUGUCGUUCAAACGUCUUGAUAAAAUUUUGUGUUGGUAAAAAUAUUAAAUCUGUAGUUUAACAAACUAUUUUCUAUUAGAAUUUUUUAAUCUACAUCUUAGUUUCUCACAAAAAAUGUUUAGCUUGCCAAAGUGAAACUAGUUUUACAAAGUAGUUUAAAAUGCUAAAUUUCUUGGGAAAUUGAUAGUACAACUGAGCUACUGAGGUUUAAAUGUAGUUAAACUGCCACCCAACUACUGGAAAGUAGAGCUAAACUAGUAACUGAUAACUGAUCCCCAACACUGACCAUCAGUAACUCAAACUCUUAUUUCAGUUCCACAAAUUCAUGUUGUCAAAACUUUUUUCUCUCGUUUACUUGUUGAUGAUUAGGUGCGGUGAUGAGGUGCUUUAUUUAUUUCACAGCUGUAGUCACCAAUUAUUAUGGUUUUACACACAAAAUCCAUUGUUAUUGCUGCUAAUGGCAAAAUGACAUGAA